GGUAGCCGGUGUCGGCCCACUCGCCACAAGCCUGACAGUCGGGGUCAGCGUCCCACCGCACGUAGUGAUUGCGCACUGGGGUCAUGCACUGUACGUCCUGAGACGGUAAAUGACGGCCGCUAUCGGGCCCUGUUUCUUGCGCCUCCUCGCCCAUUCGGCUUCACAAGCAUCCAGUGAGCGAAAAAGACACCGGAGACGCCGCCAAGAAGGCAUCAGGGACGACACCGUGGCUCUGCUCAGAACAGUGUGUACGUGUCCGUGUGGUGCACCUGCUCAAUUUUAUUAACUGAACUACCGCAUAUCUGGAAUAUACACAGCGGCAUUUAUGCCCCUGUCAUCGCUUGCCCUGCAGCUGGGAGUUUGCCGGGGUACCAGGCCGUCGCGGUGGCCGCCAUCUUGGUGGCGAUCACCGCGGCGGUUUGGCUCCGGUGUAGACCCGCGAGGAGGAGGGCCCUUCCCCCGGGUCCCAGGGGCUUUCCGCUGAUUGGCUUCCUGCCCUUCCUGGGAAGAAAUCACCACGUCAUGUUCAGGGACCUCGCCAAAAUCUACGGUCCUGUUGUGAGAAUAAGAAUCGGGACCGCCAACAUAGUGGCCCUGAACAGUUACGAGUCCAUCAAGAGGGGUCUGUCCAACAACGCCGUACAGGCCCGUUACCGCAGCGUGUUCCUGGAACAAACCAAGUCGCCAGGUGUUGGAACACUCAAUGGGAAAGUGUGGCAAGAGAACCGCCAGAUGUGCUUGAAGCUGCUUCGAGAGCUCGGACUGGGAAAAGCGUGUCUGGAAGAAAAAAUAUUGGACGAGGCCCAGUACCUUGUGAACCGAAUUUCAGAACUGGACGGAGCGCCCGUUCUGAUCAGGAAGUACACCGUGCCCAGCAUAUCGAACAUAAUCACGGGCCUCCUGUUCGGAAGCCGCUACGACUACGACGACCCUCGACGCACCUACCUGGACGAGAACAUGGCCGGCGCAGGGAGGGCCCUCUCGUCCGGGUCGCUUGUUAUCUUUCUUCCCACAUGGAUGUACACUUUCUGGGCUCACUUGCCUUUCACGAGGAUCCACGACAUGAGGCAUGCCUUUCAGAACAUCCUGGACUACAUCAGGCAAUGCACCAAGGAAUACCAGCUAUCGCACGACGGAACCGACGACCAAAGUUUCAUCAAGAGCUACUUAGAGAAGACGAUGGAUCACGAGAAGCGUCCGUCGCCUUACUUCAAAACGGAGUACAUUCCGGGCAAUGUGCUGACUUUCUUCGGCGCCGGCACCAACACCAUCAACCGCAUGGUCCUCUGGCAGCUGCUCAACUGUGCCGACAAGCCGGACAUCCAGAAGCGGAUGCAGGCCGAGAUCGACGAAGUGAUCGGCCAGGAGCGCCAGCCGACGUGGGAGGACCGCCAUCGGAUGCCCUACACAAUGGCGUGCGUCUGGGAGAUGCACCGCUGGAAGCCCGUGGCGCCCGUGGGAAUACCGAGAGGGGCCGAAGAGGACACGGAGAUCGAAGGCUACUUCAUUCCCAAGGGCACCGUGGUGAUCGCAAACCUCUGGGCCGUGCACAUGGACCCCAACCUGUGGAAGAACCCUGAAGAGUUCGACCCAACGAGAUUCCUCGACGAGUCGGGUACCAAGGUUUUGCCCAAACCGGACUAUCUUAUGGCUUUCUCGGCAGGCAAGAGAAUGUGCCCAUCGGAACUACUGUCAUCAUCGCAAAUCUUUUUGUACGUGACCAGCAUUCUUCAGAAGUUCGACGUGUUCCCAGAAGACGAAACUACGAAAAUCAACCUGGUCACAGAUUGCGUCACGUUCAACACACCAAAGCCCCAAAAAUUACGUUUCAUCCGCAGAAAGACCGAAAUGGUUAUGAAAUAUUAGUUUUCAUAAGACUAAGGGUAUAAUUAACACCAAGCAAAGCAUUUGCUUAGUCGUUUUCUUUGUGUUAAAACCAAAGGGUGCAUAUAUUUGUGAACGUAUCGUGUUGUUGUCGGAUAUUGUUACCGGAGGUAUCGGAACAAUGUAAUAAAGCUCUCUAAUAAUGGU